ACGCAAAAUAGUCCAAGGUUGACCGUUUAAAAUAGAAGAACAAUUACCGGGUCGUUUUGUGAAUGAAUACAAAGAUUGAAACUGAUUGGCAACGGUACUCGGCAUCUUUCGAGUGACUAAGGAAUCCGGCAAAGAACUUUCCUGUGUCUUAACAGACGCAUAUCCACUAGAUCCCUACGCUGGGUAAUCGGGGGUACUGUAUUCAUACGCACCAGAUCUGCCACACAGGAGACGUUUUCGGUGGUGUGUACGGCUCUUGUGCCCUGUACGUCGUUACGUACACAUUCAUACCUAUGUGCAUACGUCCAUACAUACAUGCAUGUAUAUAUACUUGCGAGCCACAUGCAGUGUGCAUGAGUAGACAUAUUUCACUACAAGCUUAAGUUCGACGCAUGCAUAGGAGUAGCGAGCGAGAGGGAAAAGACAGGAAGUGGAAGGGGAUACUCAACUGACUGGUGAAGACUCGGUCCUACAUGUGGGCAACCGCCGGCUUACAGUGAACGUAAUCUUGGGAAAUAAAUUGCAAACCGAGGACUAAGAGCCCAGAUCGCGAGGCAGAAGGUAUAUAAAUGGAUCCAACCACGGUGCAACUGAUCCAGGUUCUCGAGAAGACCGUAUCCCCGGAUCAAAAUGAACUCGAAGCAGCACAAAACUUCUUGGAACAGGCUGCACAAGCGAAUCUCCAUGAGUUUGUGCAGCGUCUUAGUGGCGUGUUGGUCACAGCAGGAGUCAGCGCCGUUGCUCGCAUGGCUGCUGGUCUACAGCUCAAAAAUCAGCUAACAUCCAAAGAUCCAGCUCUAAAGAUACAAUAUCAGCAGCGGUGGCUUGCCAUACCGGCAGAGUCUCGAGAUUAUAUAAAAAAAAAUAUCCUCGGGGCCUUGGGCACUGAAAAUAACAGACCCAGCUCGGCUGCACAGUGCGUCGCGUACGUGGCUGUUGCAGAACUUCCUGUUGAACAAUGGAGCGACCUAAUACCUGUCUUAGUGAACAAUGUCGCCGAUCCAAACAGCACGGAAAUGAUGAAGGAAGCGACAUUGGAAACGAUUGGAUAUAUUUGUCAGGAUAUCGAUAGAGACGUGCUUGUUGCCCAGUCUAAUCAGAUCCUCACUGCUAUCAUACACGGCAUGAAGGGUUCGAGCACUUCGAAUCAUGUUCGACUUGCUGCUACCAGUGCUCUCUUCAAUUCCUUGGAAUUCACGAAAGGAAAUUUCGAUAUCGAGAGCGAGAGAAAUUUUAUAAUGGAAGUAGUUUGCGAAGCUACCCAGUCUACUAAUACACAAGUACGAGUCGCAGCUUUGCAGUGUCUGGUGAAAAUAAUGUCUCUUUACUACCAAUACAUGGAACCGUACAUGGGGCCGGCACUUUUUCCCAUCACCCUGGAGGCAAUGAAAUCUGACAUCGACGAGGUGGCACUUCAAGGAAUAGAGUUCUGGUCUAAUGUAUCGGACGAGGAAGUGGACUUGUCUAUGGAGGAGGGGGAAGCGUGCGACGGUGGUCGACCUCCGCUGCGGGUCUCUCGGCAUUAUGCAAAAGGGGCGUUGCAGUUCCUGGUGCCGGUACUUAUGCAGAAGUUGACUAAGCAAGAGGAAUUUGAUGACGAGGAUGACUGGAAUCCGUCGAAAGCAGCCGGAGUAUGCCUGAUGCUCCUUGCUUCCUGCUGCGAGGACGCAAUCGUGCCCUAUGUCCUCCCGUUUGUCAAAGAACACAUAAAAAGCGAGGACUGGAGAUUCAGAGACGCUGCCUUGAUGGCUUUCGGUUCGAUACUGGGCGGCCUGGAGCCGAACACGCUAAGACCUCUGGUAGAGCAGGCAAUGCCCACUCUGAUCCACCUAAUGUAUGACAACAGCGUCGUCGUGCGGGACACGGCUGCCUGGACCUUCGGUCGGAUAUGCGAGAUAAUACCGGAGGCGGCGAUAAGCGAGACGUAUCUCAAACCUCUACUCGAAUCCUUGGUGAAUGGGCUCAAAGCGGAGCCGAGGGUCGCCGCAAACGUCUGCUGGGCAUUCACAGGGCUCGCGGAAGCGAGCUACGAGGCCGCCGAGGCAACCGAAGACGGAAAACAGCCGGAGACAUACUGCAUGUCUCAGUACUUUGAUUUUAUUAUUCAGAGGCUCUUGGAGACCACAGAUCGUGCAGACGGGGCCCAGGCAAACCUCAGAUCCGCAGCGUACGAAGCGCUCAUGGAAAUGGUCAAGAAUUCACCUGCCGACUGUUACGUCACUGUGCAAAGGACGACGAUGGUAAUUCUUGAGAGACUGCAACAAGUUCUUCAGAUGGAGACCCACAUUCAGAGCCAUUCCGAUCGGGCCCAAUAUAACGACCUCCAGUCCCUGCUCUGCGCUACGCUGCAAUCGGUACUUAGGAAAGUUACGCCUGAAGACGCGCCCCAAAUUUCGGAUGCUAUAAUGACUGCCCUACUCGCUAUGUUCAAUUCGAACUCCUGUAAGGCUGGCGGAGUGCAGGAAGACGCCCUCAUGGCCGUAUCGACACUCGUCGAGGUGCUUGGCGAAGGCUUUCUCAAGUAUAUGGACGCGUUCAAGCCUUUCCUUUGUCUUGGCUUGAAGAACCAUGCUGAGUACCAAGUCUGCUGCGCAGCAGUUGGGUUGACAGGUGACAUUUGUCGAGCCCUCAAGAACAAGGUCCUACCGUACUGUGAUGAGAUAAUGACUCUGCUUCUUGAGAACCUGAGCAACAAUACCGUGCACAGAUCGGUCAAGCCGCAAAUACUGUCUGUAUUUGGUGACAUUGCACUAAGCAUCGGCCCGGAGUUCAGAAAGUACUUGGAAAUUGUUCUGCAGACUCUAGCUCAAGCGUCCCAGGCGAAUGUCGACAGGAGCGACUACGACCUGAUCGACUAUUUGAAUGAGCUGAGGGAGGGUGUCCUUGAGGCUUACAUGGGUAUCGUACAGGGACUCAGGGGCGACGGAACCUUGCCCAGUCCUGUCAGUCUUGUCGAGCCACAUGUUCCGUUCAUCAUACAGUUUAUCACCUCCAUCUCUCAAGAUCGCGAACAUACAGAUAGUAAUAUUGCUGCCGCUGCUGGCCUCCUCGGUGAUCUGGUUACCGUUUUUGGCGUCAACUUAUUGCCGAUGGUUGAAACUGAGCCGAUCACGGAUUUGUUGACCAAAGGACGCAGGUCUCGAACUAACAAGACUAAAACUCUGGCGACGUGGGCCACCAAAGAAAUUCGCAGGCUGAAGAAUGUACCGCUUCAGUCUAGUUGGCUUCCUUGAGGUUUCAGUAGCCUGAGACCAGUCCCCCAUCAUUGCCAGUAUGAAUGUUCAGGAUAACUCGGGGCCAGAGGACAGGCAAGUACAUCAGGUCGCUGACGACGAC